GUUCAGUUCUAAGCGGUAUCAAGGCUCACCUAGAAUUCACGAAAUCGCACCUAUACAGUAGUCACUCUCUCUUUCAGCUAUUUCUUUCAAUUCAAUGUCGUCAUGAGGCUCUUAAGCCAAUUGACAGCUGGGCUGUCUCUCUCCGCCAUUGCUUCUGCAUCUACAGCGGAAAACGAAGGGGUCCUCCACAGUGAAAUCGGCCGCUUAAACAACCAAAGUCUACUAUGGGGUCCCUACCGCCCCAACCUCUACUUCGGUGUUCGCCCGAGGGUACCACACAGCUUAGCAGCAGCCUUGUCAUGGGUCAAGGUAGAUAACUAUGUCGAUGUGCAAGGCAAUGUUCGAUAUACCUGUGAGCAAAAUGAAGACAUGGCGGGCUACGGCUGGGAUGAGUAUGACACUCGCAGGGGUGGCGUCCAAACCAUUCACGACGCUAAAAAUCAGAUUGACAUGACUACCACGUUUGUCAAGGUCCCUGGAGGCGCCCAUGGAGGUAGCUGGGCCGCAAGGAUCAAAGGUGAACCUCGCGACGAUGCGUCGCCAGAUCUCAAGACAACUGUCAUUUUCUAUCUUACUACCGAAGGUCCGGAAGAGACCAUCGAUGUUGCCGAGAGCAGCGCUACCGGUUUCGAUGGAGACGUGACUUUCAGCGGCACGUCAAAGGACUUGGGUGGGUACAAGCUUGUGGUUACGAAAGGGAAAGGAGCCCAUCCAGCGAGCGACCAUCCCGCAUCGGCACAGAGAGACUUGGAAAAGACCGUUGUGCACUCUGAUACCGUGCCUCUUUAUCAUCUGUGGCAGGCCAAGAAGCUCCUCUUCCAAUAUCUUCAGGCUAGCGUGAAUGAGAUUAUCAAGGAGUAUGGCCCAGACACCGCACCCCCUCCAUGGCAGGUAUACAUGCUGCCCAACGCAGCCAAAUCCGGUAAUAUACAGAUCGUCCAGAAGGUCUUUGAGGGUCCAUUCGAGUUCGAUAUAUUGUUUUCCAGCGAGUCUGCGGGCAAGGGCAUUACAAGCGAGGAUUUAUCCAGGGAAAUUCAGCUAAACACCGAGACAUUCAACGACCGAUUUAAGGAGAUCUUCCUUCCAAAAGCGCCGUUCAACACUGGGAAGUACGAGAAAUUUGGAAAGAGUAUGCUGUCCAACUUGGCUGGCGGUAUUGGCUAUUUCUACGGACAGCACAUAGUCGAUCGCUCCGACGCCCCCGAGUACCUUGAGGAGAAUGAAGGGUUCUGGGAAGGGACGGCUGAGGCGCGGGGCCGUAGGCAAGAAGAGAUGGAAGGUCCAUACGAAUUAUUCACAAGCAUCCCAUCACGACCCUUUUUCCCGCGUGGUUUCCUCUGGGAUGAAGGGUUUCAUUUGCUUCCUAUCAUCGAUUGGGAUACGGAUCUAGCGCUAGAGGUCGUCAAGAGUUGGUAUAACCUGAUGGAUGAAGAUGGCUGGAUUGCGCGGGAGCAAAUCCUUGGUGAAGAAGCCCGGAGCAAAGUGCCCCCAGAGUUCCAGGUCCAAUACCCGCACUACGCCAACCCGCCUACAUUAUUUAUGGUUGUUGAAGAGUUUGCAGACAAACUCCAAAGGUCCAACGGUAGCAAAGAGACUGGCAGUGAGCGGCUGUCUGCAGGCGAUUUUCUACAGACUGCAUACGUGGACAAUCCAGAACUAGGCUUUGAGUAUCUCCGGAACUUAUAUCCUCUUCUUCGCCGGCAAUAUCUUUGGUUUAAGAGGACUCAAUUUGGUGAUCUCAAAGAGUACGAUCGGGACGCUUACUCCAAGAAGGAGGGUUAUCGAUGGCGCGGUCGAUCUAUUCAGCAUUGUUUGACAAGCGGCUUAGACGAUUAUCCUCGUCCGCAGCCUCCUCACCCUGGCGAGCUUCAUGUUGAUCUCAUGUCUUGGAUGGGCAUGAUGACCCGAACUUUGGCUAAGGUAGCUGAUAUUGUUGGGCUGCCAAACGACGUUCAGGAAUACAACAAAGCCCUCGAUGGAAUUUCACACAACCUGGUCGAUUUGCACUGGUCCGAGAAACACGAGUGCUUCUGCGAUGCCACCAUUGAUGACUUCGAAGAGCAUGCUCUGGUUUGCCACAUAGGUUAUAUCUCGCUAUUCCCCUUCUUGAUGGGUCUUCUAGGGCCCGAUGAUACCAAACUCGGCAAGGUUCUCGAUCUUUUAGGGGAUGAAACUCACCUAUUCAGCCCGCAUGGUAUCCGAAGCUUAAGCAAGCGGUCACCCUUCUAUGGCACAGAUGAGAAUUAUUGGAGAAGCCCUGUUUGGAUCAAUAUUAACUACCUUGCUCUAGUGCAACUUCGAGAAUACGCCCUUAAAUCUGGGCCUUACGCAGUGAAGGCUGCGGACCUCUUCAACCGCCUCCGCCAGAACCUCGUGGAUACAGUGUACAAUAGCUGGGAGGAAACGGGGUUUGCAUGGGAGCAGUAUAACCCAGAAACCGGUGCAGGCCAGCGAACACAACACUUCACCGGCUGGACGAGUUUGGUAGUGAAAAUGAUGGCUAUGGAUGAGCUGAAAGAAGCUGGCAACGCUCAUACUCGAGAUGAACUAUAAUGUCUUUGCCAGAUUGAACGUCAUGUGCCCCCGAGAUACAAAUGUGUAUAUAUAGCACGAUUGCCUUAUGAAAAUAUGAGCGCUGAAUUCGAUAGAGUGGUGGUUUCUCCAAGCUACUUGUAUAUUUUUUUUUCUUUGUCCCUUGUGUGCUAGGCUUGGCCUAGGUACGUGUUUCACAUUCUAUCUGCCCCUCACAGGUAUCUUGGUAACUUUUCUCGAGUCUACAGGGCUUCGGGUCAAUAUGGUCUGAUUGUAAUGUGCUGGUCACACAAGCCACCACCAGCAAGAAUCAAUACCGAAGUUAUUAAUUGGUCUCAGGAGCUGAUGUCAAGUGUUAGUAGUGGGUGUCCCAGGACUCCAGGAGUGAAGUUGGGUCGUAAGUAGGUAGCACCUGGAUAGUAGAUAGGUUGAAUGUAAGGGCUCAGUGUUAUUGA